CAACAACAAACAUGGCGCAAAUAAGCUGUACUAACAACCUGUUUGUUUAACCGCAACAAAAAAGGACUGCUGUUAAAACACAAACUCAUCAACUUGCGCAUUUCAAAUUCAAUACACUUUUGUUAAAAGUUCAGUCCUUCUCUGGACCUGUGACGGAUACAAGCCAGAAAUAAAAUGUUGUUUCAAAUUGCAUACACAGUAAGCUGUGUCUUUUUGUGUUUUCACUCUACAAAUGGAUACAGUGAAAUAUGGCGAAAACCAAGGAAUGUUAUAGCUGGUCAUUCCUAUUUUGAAGAUGUCAGCCAAGACAAAAUGCAACAAUUUCAUAUCCAGCACGAUAAAACUCGAGUCUGCUUAGAAACAGACGGAAGAAAUUUUAUCUCCACAGUUUGUGACGAUAAAAAUCAGAAUCAAAUUUUUAAAUUUCGUCCCACUGGUCAUAACGAGGGGAACAUUGAAAGUAUUGGACAAAGAAAAUGUCUGGCUGAUUAUGGCUCUGGUUUCACUUGGAGAUCUUGCUCAGAUGCUUCUCGAUAUUCAUCCCAAAUGAUUUGGACAUGUCAUACACCAUUGACAGAAAAAGGCGGGGUGUGGCAAGAUCGAGAUUGGGUUGGAUUGAAAUUAAAAUCGGCAAAGAAAUGUUUAUCCGUUCAAACGGAUGGUGCUGUCCGUUCCAAAACAUGCGCAGAAGUGAAAGGAGAUGAUGAGCAAAAAAUUAUUGUUAAAGAUAGAAAAGGCAUGAACCUAUGUGCGAAAGCAGGUUAUUUUGGUCCACGUACCAAUGAUACUUCAUACUAUUAUUUCAAACAUCCAAAGUUUAAACUUCCUACCUUCGACAGAUAUGUAAGAGUGUUCAUGGUGUAUGGAAACGGAGUGUAUCGAGCGUUUUCAUCCAAAUAUGGUAGCGGAAGUCGUGCCACAGCCAAAAUUACUGAGCAUGCGCAAGAUACAAUGAAUAUUGUGGACAAGUUAUACAGAAAGGCUCGUCUUCGUUUUGUUUUGGUUGGAGUAGAAGAAUGGAACGUUCAAGAUAAAAUACCCAAGGCUACCGAUUCUCGUUCGUUGCAUGCUAAUUUUAAAAAAUACUGUCAAGGAUUGCGGAAGAGAGAAAACAAUAAUUUUGAUAUAGCUGUGUAUUUUUUCGACGGAGAUAUGUAUGGUGCGGGAGGAACUGCAACUUCAAAUUUUUGUCGACAAUCAAACUGGAACGAAGUUUUUAUAAUUGCAACAUUGGGAGGUGACUCACGUUUAAAAGCUCGAGACUUAGCCAACACGUUGACACACGAGUUUGCACAUGAGUUGGAUUCAUAUCAACACACCUGGGAUCCUCCACAUACUUGUCCUACCUACCACCUGUUUGGAGCCAGAUGCACACUAGGUGGCAACGAUUGGCCAAAAGGUUUAUCAUCAAAUGAAAUUACAAAGUUACGCGAUAUUUCAUAUGAUUGUUUAAAGAAUAAACCAAACCAGAAUCUCGUUCUACAAUGUGGAAAUGGUCGAAUCGAUCCUGGUGAAGAGUGUGAUUGUGGAAGAGAUCAGAAUUGUUUAAGAAACAAUCCUUGUUGCGACGGACAAAUUUGUAAAUUGAAAUUACGUGCUGAGUGCAGUAAUGAAAGAUGCUGCUCUAAUUGCAAGUGGAAUCGAGCAAGCUCCAGUUGCCAAGGAUCAAUAAAAAAUAUGAAUGGCGAUUUUGGUGUGAUUAACCAACCUGACACAAAAACAAAAAAUAAUUUUGAAAGUUGGAAGAUUGAAACAAGCAGGGGCAGCAAAGCAGUUCUAUUUUUAACUAUGUCAUUAUUUGAAUUUGAAGAAGGUUGUCCGUACGAUUAUAUUCAGGUGCAUGAUGGUCCUAAUGCGAGAUCUAAAGUACUUGGUAAAUUUUGCCGAACACCGAUUAAUAUGAAGGUGCAAGCGUCAUCGAAUUUCAUGUUUGUUACAUUGAAAACUGACAGUUCUCAUGAAAGUAAAUUCAAAAUGGUGUACACAACACAAUCUAAUCUGAAAGAAAAUGAUGUAACAAAGUAUCUGAUCAAAACAAAAUCUGGAGACUGUUUAUCUACUUAUAAUGGACUCGUUCGAAUGUCUCGCACUUGCAACGAAGAAUUUAUCCUCACUAAAAGCCAUCAUUUGAAACACGUAGCUACAGGAAAAUGUGCCGAGCCCGAUAAAUACUAUGGGCGUAUAUAUCCAAACGCUCAGUUAAAGUUGAUAUCCGAUUGUACGUCACAAUCGGGUAAAUUCGGAAUAAUUGGAAACGGGAAGUUAUUAAAUGGGAUAAGUGGAUUGUGUCUCCAAGCAUCAUACAAUGUUCAUCUCUCAACUAAUUGUCAUUCUGGCAGUUCAGAUUUCGUGUUUCAGAAGGGAAAUGGUGGACCCCUACCAACCUCCGGCCCUGAAACAAACGGACCACAAUACAUUAUCCGUCAUAGCGGUGGUCGAUGUAUGGCGGUUUCCAAUGACAAUCAUCUAUCUUUAACAAGCGCUUGCAAAACUCGUUUCUAUUUAACCAGCAAAGGUAAAUUGAAGACAGUAACAGGAGGGAAUUGUUUCAAAAACGUCAAUAGUGGAGAUAACUCACUGCUUAAAGUGUCUUCAUGUAGCGACCUUGGUACGGAGUACACAAAAACCAGGGAUGGCGCUAUUCAACAGCUUUCUUCAGGUAGAUGCUUCCAUCCUCUUGGAGGUUCUAGUUAUCCGUCUGAGGGAACAAAAAUCGUCGUGUAUCAUGGUUGCAAUGGGAAACGUUUAAAUUUUAAAUUUGAGACAGUAGCGGGAACAGCCACAACAUCGCCUCCUAAACCAAGUUCAUCAUUCAAACUGGUACACAAAGCAACAAAGUUCUGUGUUACAGCAAGUGGUUCUUACUUAAAGCUAACUCAAGAUAAAACCAAAUGCCUCAAGUUCGGGUUAACAUCAAACAACAAUUUAAAAGAAGAUGACGGGAAGAGAUGUGUCAAAGAAAAUUAUGGCUACUUGUAUUUAACGACGUGCCCAAAUGAUUACACUUUUUUGUUCCUAAGCAACGGCUCAGUAAAAUCAAACAAAUCAACACAAUGCUUGAAGCCGCGAACUGUAAACGAGGCGUAUCUUGGGUUAUCGAGUACGUGCAAUGGCGAUCAUGAGACUGCAUUUGAGAGAGUAAACAUUUGAAGGAAGUUACAUGAGAAAAAAAGACUUGUUCGCACGAAAUACAUAUUAGCAACAAAAAACAUCGCAUUUUUCAUUUUAAUUGCAGCAAAUACUGGGUUUGCUUACACGGUCAGAGGUAAAACCUCUGAAUAGGAAACACCACUGG